UGUGUAGUUUAUUAGAAAUGAACUAAAAUGGUGGCAAAAGUAAAGAAACUCUGCCGCCUGUGUGCGGAACCGUGUUCGACUGAAGCCGCUCAUCAUUCGAUUGAGGAUCCUGGAGUACGCUCCAAGCUCGAAAUUGUUUUCAACUUUGAGGUUCCGAGCGGGGAACCACUGCCGGAAGUGGUGUGCCGGGAAUGUUUUUCCAAAGUUACCGAGUGGUAUUCAUACCACGAAACGGUUCGCUCCAAUCAGAGCCAGUUGAUGAGCAUAGCUACUGCAGAGGAAUCGCACUCGGAACUCGCAAUGGGUUGCGUAAAGGUGGAAAUUCACAACGAAGACUAUCAUGCAGAGGAAGUGGCUGAUGCGGCAGCGGAUAUCAAAGAGGAGGAAGAGGACCAAUCGGAUUCGAGUGAGAGCAGCGAGGAGCCAGUGCGAAAGAGGCCAAAGCGAGUAGUUGCUACCGUUAAAAGGAAGUAUACGAAACGAUCAUCCUUGGAGAAGCCCAAGCAGGAUGAGAAGAAGGUAGAGCAGAUGGAGGAAGAAAAUAUGAAGAUUAAGGAAUUUUUCAAAAUCACUUGCGAGUUCUGUUCGGAGUCCUUCGACGCUUUCUACCGGUUGCAGUUGCAUACAAGGCGGGUGCAUAACGCUCGAGCCAGUAUCAAAUGCUGCAAUCGUGUGAUGUACAAAAAGUGCAAGAUUAUCGAGCAUAUUGAUUCGCAUUUGAAUCCGGAUCGGUUUCACUGUGAUGUGUGCAAUAAGAGCUACAAUAGUCGAUACUAUUUGGAGCUGCAUAAUCUGAAGAAGCAUAGUGACAAUGAGAAACCGUUCAAAUGUGAUAAAUGCAAGCAAUGCUUCCCGAAAGAGUUCCUCCUGAAAGCUCACCUGCUGACGCACAUUCAAGCGGAGUGUCCCGUUUGCCGCAAGAUGUUGGCGAGCUCGCUUACGCUUCGUAGUCACAUGGCCCUCAUGCAUGGCGACAAAACGAAGCUGAUCUGCGAAACGUGUGGCGAGGAAUUCCGCACGAAGCUGGGAAUGGAACGGCAUGUGAAGAAACACCAGGGUUUGAAUCCGAUCGAACGAGUUCAAUGUCACAUCUGCAGCAAAUGGGUCAACGGCCAUCCGAAUCUGAAGGCACACAUAAAGACGGUCCACAACAAGGAAGACCAGCGGGUUCCGUGCGACAUUUGUCAGCAGAUUUACCCGAACGUGCGAGCUCUGGGCAAUCACAAACGGCGGGUGCACAUCGAGGAGAAGUUCGAGUGCGAGUUCUGCGGCAAGAAGUUCAAGAGGAAAAUCUACCUGAAAGAACACCGAGCCUCGCACACCGGACAGUCGCUGUAUUCGUGCAACGUGUGCGGAAUGACGACCAAUUCCAAUGCGAAUCUGUACUCGCACAAGAAGAGCAAACACCCGGAGGAGUGGAUGGAGGCAAAGAAGAAAGCGAUCCAGCUGGCUUAUGGGUAAUUCUUGAAUGGUGUUGUCGGAAUUAAGGAGGGUGCAGGAGAAAAUGAAUAGCAUUCAUAAGUUGUAGAAGUGAAGCAAUAAUAUGUAACUAUAUUGCAACGUUGGAUCAUAAACAAGAAAUGAAUGUUAGCGGCACCGGUGGUGUAGUGGUAAACGUGAGCCUCUCACUCCAAAGAACCUGGGUUCAAUCCCAGUUGGCGCCGUCGAAAUUUUCUGAGGCAUAACAUCUCUGAUCAUGCCUUUCUUCGGAAUGGAAGUAAAGCUGUUGAUCCCCCGGUCCAUGAGUUGAUGGUUCGAUAGGUAGGUUCCAGUACAGUCGAACUAUUCAUAGUCUGGCGGAUAGGAUCUCGGGAACCAAUUGAGCUGUCCAAUAGCGGAACCAAUCGAGCAAAUCACGACCAACAACAGAAAAGAGCACAUCAGCUAUUGCGAACAAAACUUCGGAAACCGUUUUCUCGUGAUUCAAGGCUCGCCUACGCAAACUAACACUAUCUUUGGGUUAGGGAAAAAUUCCCCUAUCCGAUGAUGCCGGUAAUGUGCGUUCGAUUGUCGAGGAAAGAAUAAUUGACGUUUUGUUUAUAAAAGUUGGUAUGACCUUUUCAAUUGUUGGUCUACAAUAUAUUGAAUUGGUUCCGCUUUUUUGAUAGAUCGUAAUUCUAUCCGCCAGACUAUGAAUAUAGCGACUAUAGGGUCCAGGUAUGGGAGCUGCCUCCUUUGCAUCGGUAGCAGGUUUGAUCCCGUACUUGCUUUUUUGCUUUUGUUGUAAGUUGCUGUAAGAAAAUAAUACAGGAAUAUCCGCUUUGCCAUCCGUCAUUUCUUAACAGUCCUUCAACCAACUGAGCAGACUUUUUGUGAGUGUAAAGUUUGUGGUUGGCUCUAAUUACAUAAAAAAUCAGCUCAACCAAGAUUGCUGGGAAAUGGCGGUGGGUAGAUGGCACCACUCAUCGCGUGAAUUGGGGAUUCCUAUAUUAUUUUCUUAUAGCAAAAUGAAAAAAAAAAACAAGUACGAGAACAAACUUAUUGCACAGAUAAUAAACGGCCAACUUCCACCAGAAACUUGUGUAAAGAUAAGUGGGAACGUCGCCGUUACGUAGCGCUAGCAUCUCCUGAUUUCCUCUAUAAAUUUUCCACUUUCGACCAAUUAGGCGCUAGUAUCGAGAAAUUUUCAGUGGAAAAUUACCACUCGGCGCUACCAGCACUUAGUGUCUAGUGCAAGUUGUGCAACACAAGCGCCAUCAGAUUGUCAAAAAGGGUGUUUAAGUGGGAAAGUCGCCGUUAGUGGCGCUUAAGUCGAAUAGGAAUCUUUACACUAGUUUUUAGAGAUUCGACUUAAGCAGUUGCAAUUUUCAACAGAAAAUGUAUCGACAAUAGCGCCAAAUUGCUCGAAAGCGGAAAAUUAAUAGAGGAAAUCAGGAGAUGCCAGUGCCAUGUAACGGCGACGUUCCCACUUAUCUUUACACAAGUUUCUGACACAAGUAACCUACAGGAAUGAAAACAGAAAUAAAUUAGUCUUGGCACCCUCCUUAUUUCCGAGCUUAUUUCCUUCAGUUGUAAAGUAGC